CACAUGAAUCAUCAUUAAGACCCACAACAGCCCCAAAGAAAAUACAGUUUCCCGCGCGGUAAAGGUAAGCUGAGACGGAGAAUGGGUCAGGCACGAGACAACUCUUGCCGCGAAGCCUCGGCUCGUCCGUACUUUUCGCUGUUCGAUCCUGUUUCCGUGCCGUUCUCGAUGUGAUACCUUGUAUCUCAUAAGUUGCCUCUUUGUCACAAUACAUUUCUUUUGUAUCUUUUUAAUAGACCAUCUAUUCCGUGUUCUUAGAUACAGUUACUAGAUUUUCUUUUUAGGUCGAGUUAGAGGUAGACAAGAUGAGCCAAUUGGGGGAUUUCGAAGCUGUCCGAAAGGAUAUUGCAAAGCUCUUGCACCAACCUGAAUACGAUGAUGGAAGUGCCGGGCCGGUGUUGGUUCGCCUUGCUUGGUAUGUUCGCACCCUCAAUCUGCUACCUGGGCCCGUUUAAUAGGUCGUAGGCACUCAGCAGGAACCUACGAUGCAGAAACAGAUACCGGCGGGUCGAAUGGAGCUGGCAUGCGAUAUGAAGCUGAAGGUGGCGACCCUGCGAACGCAGGCCUUCAACAUGCGCGUGUCUUCCUCGAACCGGUCAAGGCCAAGCAUCCCUGGAUUACUUACGCAGAUCUCUGGACACUUGCCGGCGUGGUGGCUAUACAGGAGAUGGGAGGGCCUUUGAUACCGUGGCAAGGUGGCCGGACAGAUUAUGUCGAUGAUAGCAAGCUGCCACCUCGCGGCCGAUUGCCGGAUGCUACACAAGGAUACGAUCAUUUAAGACGGAUAUUCUACCGGAUGGGUUUUACUGAUCAGGAGAUUGUUGCGUUGUCGGGAGCACAUAACCUUGGACGCUGUCACUCUGAUCGUUCUGGGUUUGAGGGAGCUUGGGUCAAUAAUCCGACGAGAUUUUCAAACCAAUAUUUCGUUUUGUUGCUGUCGCUACAAUGGAGGAAGAAAACUCUGAAGAACGGAAUCGAACAAUUCGUACACUACGACGACGACUCGGAGACCGAACUUAUGAUGCUACCAACCGAUAUGGCUUUGAGACAGGACAAGGUUUUCCUAAAGUACGUGGAGCAGUAUGCAACCAAUAAGGAUGUCUUUUUUGUGGAUUUUACGAAGGUUUUUGCCAAGUUGCUGGAACUUGGUAUCCAGAGAGAUGCAGAGGGGAGGAUCACCAAUUCAGACAAUGUGAAGGGAGGAUAUCAUUCUGCGCCGAAGAAGGAGUCUACCCCUGGAACAAACGAGACAACAGAUGACAAGGUUGGACCGAGUGAGGGCGAGCCAUUGAUGGAAGAAAACAAGGCUUUCAGAGCCAGGUUGUGAAGGCUGGGAAGUCAGUCUUGUAUGAUAUAAACUUUGCAAUAGACGUAGAUUUAGACCUGGGAUAGAAUUGGUUAUGAUAGA